UCAUCUGGCAGGACAGCGGGCACUGAGCCAUCUAGCAGAACCGCGGGCACUGGGUCACCAAGCUUGACAGCGGGCACCGAGUCAUCUAGCAGAACCGCGGGCACCGGGUCACCAAGCUCGACAGCGGGCACCGAGUCAUCUGGCACGACAGAGGGCACCGAGAUCUGGUCAUCUGGCACGACAGCGGGCACCGAAUCAUCUGGCAAGACCAUGGGCACGAGUCAUCUGGCAAGACAGCGGGCACCAAGUCAUCUGGCACGACAGCUGGCUCCGAGUCAUCUGGCAAGACAGCGGGCACCGAGUCACCAGGCACGACAGCGGGCUCCGAGUUAUCUGGCAAGACAGCGGGCACCGGGUCAUCUGGCUUGACAGCGGGUACUGGGUCAUCUGGUUCGACAGCGGGCACUGGGUCAUCUGGAUCGACAGCGGG